AUGGCGACUCCGAGAGCGCCCAAGCGCACCUUCGCCGACGACGACGGAGACAACCACGACGACAUCAACGUCUGCUACGUCUCGAAUCCCAUUAUUGAUCGCUCAUCGACCUUUGUCGCGCAUUACCAUCCACGCGUCUUUGCUUCGGGCAAGGGCGCUGGCAGCGGCGGCGGCACCUCGGCGACGUCUCUGACCUCGAUCGUCAAAUCUCUACAAGCACAUCCCGAUUUCGCCGCCGCGGACCAUCGCAUGGCAGCUUGGCGGCGACCAUCUGGCCAGCGCACGCUUAUGCUCGGAGGGACCGCAUCGACACAAACAUCAACAUCAACAUCAUCCUCAGCCCCAACCUCGAUUUCGACAAACACCUUCUCGAGACCACCAACAGAAUCAGGAACGACAAGAUCCACUACCACAUCAACUGGAUACAACGGCAACAGAGUAAUCUACACAGUCGGCUCCGACGACGACGACGAAAAAUACUCAGGGAAGCGGCUCGAGCGCGUCCUCAUCGACAUGGACGUCGAAGGCGUCAUCGUCGUGGCGCGCUGGUACGGUGGAAUCAUGCUCGGUCCAGUACGAUUCACGCAUAUCGAGAACGUGGCCAAAGAAGCUAUCGGUAGAUGGAAAAUGCAACUGCAACUGCAAAUGCAAGCUCACCCGACGACCGCCAGAGACGAGAAACGCCAGAAGGUGCUGCCACUGGGGAACACUGGUGGUACGGGGGGUCCAGCAGGGAUAUCGGGGAAUGCGCAAAAGCCACGGGAACAAGCACAACAAUCACAAGCCCUACAAGCACAACAAGAAGAAGCAGAACGCACAAGACUUGCAAAACAACUCGUGGAACGCGAUAAUAGUAUCGUCGUCUUGCGGGGCCUGCUGGCUGAGAAGACGACCCCGACCCCGACCCCGAGACAGGAUCCGACACCACCAGCUGAACAAAACCAAUCCAGUCCGUCGGCCAGUAAGAUCGAUUAUACCCAGAUGCCGCUGCAGAGGUUGCGGUUGCUGGAUAAGGCCAGGGAUGCUACGAUCGCGUUCAUACUGAAACAGUUGGACAAAGUGGAUGCUGAGGAAAAGGAAAAGGAGAUGGAGAAGCCGAAAAACGCUAUCCCAGCCACGACAGUGUCGACAGCCGAGGAGGGAAGUGGCGGCGACGGUGAAGAAGCGGUUGGAGGGAUAAAUGAGAAUGCUCGGGGAGAGGAAGAAGAGCACAGCAAAAGUCCAGGUGUGGAAGAGGACGCCACUGCCAGGGAUCCCAUGCUGGAUAAUGGCAGGCUGGAUGACACGACACCGGGAGAGACAGGCGUUGAUGAGUGGGAAGACGGCAACAGAGUCCAACAAUCUGUGAACGAAGAUGCUGGUGUCGAGGAGACGAUAAUUGAAGACGGCAACAGAGUCCAACAGUUUGUGAAUGAAGAUGCUGGUGUCGAUGAGACGAAUGUCGAAGAUGAUGGGUAUGGCGAAGCAGCAGCUGAACACAGCCACUGGUGA